AUGUCACAAGAUCCACCAAUGCACCUAUUGACAUUUGGCAAUAGAUCGUCAUCAUUUACUAGCGGUUAUUGGAGAUCGAAUCUAAACAACGGUGAUAUUCGUUUGAGCUCAAAUAAUGGAAAGAACAAAAGCUAUGAAAUUGGUUUUAUUCUUUGUAAAACGUGGAAGCCUCGAAAUCUACCCGACAGUUGUCUUUAUUACAAAAACGUGUUUGAGAACACGUAUAGAAAUUCAUGGGAAAUAGCUCAUUCAAUCAGACUUAGCCUCAAAGUUCCUGUUUGA